AUGGAAAUUGGAGAGCUGCAGCGAGGAGCUAAGGAGAUGGAUCCAUCGGCAGGGGGAAGGCAAACUCAACUCCACACGCCAAUGUACUUCUUGUUGGGGAACCUUUCCUUUGUAGAUAUUUGCCUGACAUCCAUCACUGUUCCUCGGGCUCUUUCUAGCCUCCUCUUCCAGGACCUAUCCAUCUCAUUUAAUGGUUGUUUUGCUCAGCUCUUCUUGUUCCAUAUGGUGGGUAACAUGGACAGUUUUUUGUUGGCCGUCAUGGCCUUAGACAGAUAUGCUGCAGUUUGUCAACCAUUACAUUAUACAACCAUCAUGAGCAAAAGAACAUGCAUCACUCUGCUGACCUUCUCGUGGAUUAUAGUAAGCCUUCACUCAACUCUAUUCACUGUCAUGACUGCAACUCUUCCCUACUGUGGUUGGUUCAUCCACCACUACUUCUGUGAUGUCCCAGCCAUGUUCUUACUUUCCUGCACAGAUACAUCUGCCCGGGAAAUGAUCGUCUUCACUGAAGGAUCACUAAUUGUUAUGGGACCCAUGUUGUUUAUCUUGGGCUCCUAUGUUCUUAUCAUAAGAGCUGUUUUGAAACUGCGUACUUCCAAAGGACGCCGACGCACCUUCUCCACGUGUUCCUCCCACUUAACUGUUGUCAUCUUCUUCUAUACCUCAAUUAUUUUCAUGUAUUUUCGUCCAAGUUCCCUCUAUUCUGCAGCCUACGAUAGGGUCAUAAGCGUGGUUUACAGCAUCAUAGCCCCAAUGCUCAACCCAUUUAUAUAUACCUUGAGGAACAAGGAAGUAAAAAACGCUGUGAAGAAGUUAAUACAACGGGGCAGGAAAGAUGGUCAAAAAUGGGUGAAAAAAGCAGAAGAUGAGGACUAA